AUAUCCUUCAACUCGUAUAAUUUGUUGAACAACUAGACGAACAUGGCAUCAAAGCAAGCUCUUUCCAAAUUCUCUAAAUCAUUCUUAAGGAAUAAUAGAGGUUUGUUGUCUGGUCGCACCUUUGCAACAACAACGAGCUUACUUCCUACCUUACGUAAAACAAUACUACCAAAUGGUUUUACAGUAGCAACAGAAGAAAACCCUGCGUCACAAACAGCUACUGUUGGGGUUUGGAUCGAUGCUGGUUCUCGUGCUGAAAAUGAAAAGAACAAUGGAGCUGCUCACUUUUUGGAGCAUAUGGCUUUCAAAGGUACUAAAUCCAGAAGUCAAAGAGAUCUAGAACUUCAAAUUGAAAACAUGGGUGGACAUCUUAAUGCAUAUACUUCAAGAGAGCAAACAGUUUAUUAUGCAAAAGCAUUCAAAUACGACGUACCGAAAGCAGUUGAAAUUCUCUCCGACAUUCUUCAAAACUCGACGUUAGACCAUGGUGCCAUUGAAAGAGAGCGUGAUGUGAUUUUAAGAGAGCAGGAAGAAGUUGAAAAGCAAAUGGAGGAGGUUGUUUUCGACCACUUACACGCUACAGCAUUUAAAAAUGAAUCUUUGGGUUUGACGAUCUUGGGCCCUAAAGAGAAUAUACAGUCGCUCACCCGUGAUGACCUUUCAUCUUACAUUAAGACGAACUAUACAGGUGAAAGAAUGAUUCUUGUUGGAACAGGUGGUGUUGACCAUGAUGCACUCGUACAACUAGCCCAAAAUCAUUUUGGACAAUUACCCAAUAAGCUUAAUCUAUCUACCAGCAAAAGUGCCAUGAAAAAGGCUGUAUUCACCGGUGAUGAUUUCAGAAUUUACACUCCUGAAGCUCAACAAGCACAUAUUGCUGUAGCAGUUGAAGGUGCCAGUUGGACGUCACCUGAUUACUUCCCCCUUUUAGUCAUGCAGUCAAUUAUUGGAUCCUGGGAUCGUUCCUUAGGUGCAACAGGUCAUCUAGACUCGCGCUUAUCAUCAGUUUUGCAUAACAAGCAGCUUGCCAAUUCCUUCAUGUCAUUCAAUACUUCUUACAAAGAUACAGGCUUAUGGGGCAUCUAUUUGAUUACUGAAAAUAAGGAUCGUCUUGACGAUUUAUUAGUGUCAACAAAAAAAGAAUGGAUGCGAUUAGCUAAUUCGGUGACAGACGAAGAAGUUCAAAGAGCAAAACAACAACUUAAAGCCGGCCUUUUAUUAAGUUUAGAUGGCAGUACUCCUAUCGCUGAGGAUAUUGGCCGCCAAUUGCUCACUUCAGGCGAACGUAUGUCGCCGAAAGCUGUCGAAGAUCUUGUAGCUAAAAUUACUGUGGAAGAUGUUAAACGUGUAGCAAAAGAUUAUUUACAGCGAGAUGCUGCUGUUGUCGGUAUUGGCCCAGUGGAGAAAAUGCCCGAUUUCAAUCGUUUGUAAUCAAGUUUUCAUAUUUUUCUCUGUAUUUGUCAUACAUUUAUUGUAGUAUAAAAAUUCAACACAAUAACCGAAAUAUAUCACAAUUUUGUAUUUAUUUGACCACUCUUUCUACAUGAAUAAAUUCUACUGAUUUCAUG